AUGUCCGAUUACGAAGAUAAUGCAUUCCGCGAGGUAGCUGAUGCAUAUGAGGACUUUGACCCACCAGACCAUUUUUCAGAUAAUGAGUUUGAUGAUCCAAAUGGUGGAGAUGCCCAAUUGACCACCGAUGAUGGACGACAAAUUGUGCAGGGAGGUAUUGGUCCAGAUGACGCCGCCGCGGGUGCCGCCGCAGCUCAGCAGAGAAAGAAAACAGCCAAGGAGCUAGCCAUACCCAAGGACCAGAGGACCACAACUCCUUAUAUGACAAAAUACGAGCGUGCGAGAAUUUUGGGUACUAGAGCUUUGCAGAUUUCGUUGAAUGCACCUGUACUAGUGGAUAUCGAAGGUGAGACUGAUCCUUUGCAAAUUGCAAUGAAGGAAUUGUCUCAGAGAAAGAUCCCUUUGGUUAUUAGGAGAUAUCUUCCGGACGGCUCUUUUGAAGAUUGGAGUUGUGAGGAGUUAAUAGUGGAUCAAUAA